GAGAUAUGUACAUGUUGUGACACGGCUCUAUAGUUUACGAUUGCAUUAUUAUUCAUUUAUGUAAAUGACAUGAAUGUAUAGUGUGGGACGAAGGACAAUGUUUUCCCGGCCCAAAAUUCAUUAGCAUGCCUAACUCUCCAUCAGAUGACUCUCGAUCAUUGUAUCAACCUUUGAGUUUCUUUUUUAUUCCUAACAACUUCUUUCCAUUGUUUGUGGGGGUGUUUGCAAAAUUUCAUCUGAGAGAAAAAAGAAGGAAUUAAUGGGAUAAUUUUGAUUUUCUGCAAGGCAUGAGAAGGAAAUUAUUCAGCAUCAAGAUGAAUAGUGAAACUGGCACAGAUGCAGUGGCAGUAACCAACAAUGGACAAACAGACUCUAAAGCAGCCAACCCACUGACAAAUGCAGCAACCUUGCAGCAGCAACUCCAGUCUGCGCUGCUGGCCCAGCAGUUUCCCCUGGCAACCGCUGGAGCACAGACCGGGUUCCUGAUUCAGAAUCCUUAUGGCCAGCCAGCAGUGAUCCCGGUAUCAGCAGCCCUCCCUACAGCUAGCAUACAGAUAGCAGACCUACAACAGCUCCAGCAACUAACUCAGCAGCUGACGCAACAGCAACAACAGCUCCAACUGCAACAGAUUCAGCAGCAGGUCACUUCCUUGAGUUCCUCGGCCAACACGACCACAGUCGUCACUCAGCAGGCCCCAAUCAGUAGUGCCACCCCCCAGCCGACCCAGAUCCAGACCAGCCCCCUGGCCACCACCACCCUCCAGGGACUGGCGGGGGCUCUACAGGGGACACAGCAGAUAGUGUUCCUCAACCCCACCCAGCUUACCACAGGACUACAGCCACUUCUGAUUCAAAACCAGGGAAUCCCUGUUUUAACUGCUGCCACACUUGCAUCACUAACACAACAAGUUCAGCAACAGCAGCAGCAGCAACAACAACAGCAGCAAGUACAGCAACAACAACAACCAGCUGCCGCUGCUGUGCUGCAACAACUUCAGCAACUUCAAAACGCUUCUACACAACCUCUUCAGAUACAAGUCGCUGCUUCUCAACCAAAUCAAAUCCCGACAGUGACACCCAUCAAAGUUCAGAACACUAUGACCAAGAUAUCCAACUCGUCUCAAAUUGUUCUCCCCAACGCCCCUACCACAAACGUUGCUGUCAAGUCAUCGCCGGAAGAGCUGUCCUCAUCAGGAAUCGUGGAUGAAAUUCCUCCGGAAGAAAAUAUAGACCUUGAAGAACUUGAACAGUUUGCAAAAACUUUCAAAAGAAGGAGAAUAGAACUAGGUUUUACCCAAGGAGAUGUAGGAUUAGCCAUGGGAAAACUGUAUGGCAAUGAUUUCAGUCAAACCACCAUCUCAAGGUUUGAAGCUUUGAACCUGAGCUUUAAGAAUAUGUGCAAGCUCAAACCAUUGCUGCAGAAAUGGCUGAAAGAUGCCGACACAAUGUGUGCCAAUCUGAACACUACGGUAGGGGGCAGCCCUGGGGGUAAUGGGAACAGUUUGUCCCCAGAGUCCGUGGCCAGGAGAAGAAAGAAGAGGACCAGCAUAGAGACCAAUAUCAGAGUCGCUCUAGAGAAAAGUUUCCAGCAAAACCCCAAACCUUCCUCGGAAGAAAUUACUUCUGUGGCUGACCAGCUCAGUAUGGAGAAAGAGGUUGUGAGAGUCUGGUUUUGUAACCGUAGACAAAAACAGAAGAGGAUCAACCCACCCUCGAACUAUAACCAUCAGAUGUCUUCCCCUCUGUCACCCCCUAUCACACCUGUGCAGGUGGUGGCCUCACCCACUAAUCAGCUAACGGUGCCCUCGUCACAGGCAACAAUGACCCUCCCCACCAUCAUCAGCUCAUCCACGGGGGCCACCCUAGUGGCUGCCUCUACCCCCUCCUCCGUGGGGACUAAUCAGAACUUUAUAAUGGCCAAGUUAGGGUCAGUGUCUACCUCGGGCUCCAAUCAGCUGAUCUUAACACAGGCUUCACCGACCUCUGUGUCCACCGCCCAGGGGCUUACCCUGCAAACAGCCAAACAGAUUAUUCCACAGAAAAUUGAAUUCACCACUUCUUAGACACUUUUUCCUGCAAAAAUCAGAUUUAUAUUUUGUGAGAUUUUAAAAGAAAACAUUCCAAAGGAAACAAACCAAUGGCAUCUUAUUUUGGAUGAACUCAAUACCAAAGCAGCAUGAAUUAUCGUGUACUACCAUACAUACUGAUGGUCUUCCAAAUUCCAACUGCCUGACAUUUUAUAAAUGUCUUUUUAUUCUUCUGCGAAUUUAUUCAUGAAUAAACAUAUGUAGACAUUUUG